AUGGGGGAAGUGGUGAGACGGCGCCCCAUCAUUGCUGGCAGGGAACGAGGGCCCGGACCGGGACGUUAUGCUCUUCCGCCCACUAUCGGUUACAUAAACCAUGACUACACCAAACCCAGCAGCCCGGCCUACUCCUUCCACAGCCGCAUGAGCAGCAACAUGGUGUCUGUGGAUUCCAGUCCAGGACCGCAGUAUCACGUAGAUGCCAAAAUGACGCGCUUUGGCAGAGAUGGCACGCCAUCGUACUCUAUGCUAGGCAGAAAGAAGAAGACAGCUGAUACAUUCCAGACUCCUGGACCCGGAGCAUACAGUCCUGAGAAAGCUCCACCUUUGAACCUUCACCACAGACCUCCGUCUUACACCAUGGCCUACCGCACACGCUAUCGAAGUGUGGAUCCCGUACCGGCCCCCAACCGCUACACCUUACCCAACCUCUUCGGCCCUCAUGUUCCCCAUAAACCCUCCAGCGCCAGCUUCACCAUGUCAGCACGUAGGAAAGCAGGCGCCCCAUCGGAGGACCUGUCCAUGACCCCAGGGCCCGGGCGUUACAACAGCACAGACCCGAGCGUUUACCUGAACAGACAGCCUUCUUUCUCAUUGCAAAGCCGGUCUAAUAUUCCCACCGAUGCCACUCGAAAGCCCGGCCCAGGCACACACAGCCCAGAAAAGGUGAUGGCACAUCUGCCUCGUGCACCGUCUUUCUCCAUGGGUGUUCGUCAUUCGGAGUUUGUAACACCACUGAUUGUUGACGUAUUAGACUAA